UGAUGUUGUACCGGCUUUCUAUCGGACAAAUCGGCACGGACUUUGGAAACGUGCGUGAGCUUUAACUGCGAUUCAGUCCUAUUCCAAAAGGUUGAGGGGUACCAGAGCUAUAGAUAAAAGACCAGGACCUUAACCUCACUUUGACAUCUCAGAGUCGAUUGAACUUUCUCACACCACAUAUCGACCAACAUGGCGCGAGAAUACCUAUAUGCAGCUUCAUCGGCCGCCCUCGGGUCCUACAUCCUCUGGACGCUGGCAGAGAAAUACUUCACCUGGUCCCACGGCUCACACCUCACAGCAAACCACGCCCUCACCAGCCCGCUCCUCGCAACGCUCCUCGCCCUCCCGGCCCUCAUCUUAUACAAGAAAGCAUGGUACCUCUUCAAAAUGAAGGCCCUCCGCUGCGCACCCGCGCCCACGUACCCGCACAAGGACCCUCUCCUCGGCACCGACUGGAUCCGCGCCUCGCUCGCCCGGCAAAAGGAGCACAAGCUCCUCGAGUGGUGGCAGGACCUCUUCGGCGCGCUGGGCAACACCUGGUGGGUCAAGACGCCCGGCGGGUGGGUGCUCAUGACGAGCGAGCCCGAGAAUCUGAAGGCGAUUUUGGCAACGUCGUUUGAGGCGUUUCCUAUUAUCGGGCCGAGGCGGGAGGCGGUGCUGCCGAUUCUGGGGGAGGAUGCGAUUUUCUCGGCCAACGGGGAGGUGUGGCAUGGUGCUAGGGCGAUGAUGCGGCCUAGUUUUGUGAGGAAUCAGAUUGCGGAUUUGAAUUGUUUUGAGAGGCAUGUUGGAGAUCUUAUUGGGAAUAUUCCCAAGGAUGGGGGUAUGGUGGAUUUGCAGGCGUUGUUGUAUAUGAUGACCAUGGACUCGGCGACUGACUUCAUGUUCGGACAUUCUACCAACAUGCUCACGACGCCGUCGCCAGAAGCCCGCGACUUCACUUCGACAUUCGAAUACAUCACCACCCGUUCCGCCAUCCGCUCCCGGCUCGGCCUGCUCACCUUCCUCGAUAACGACAAGAAGUGGGACGAGGGCUUAAAGAAGAUCCACGGCUUCUGCGACAACUACAUUCGCAACAUCCGGGAGGCCGACCCGGAAAAGAAGCAGGACCCCGAACGGGGCUACGUGUUCCUCAACGAGAUGAUUGGGAAGCCCGGCAUGACGCCCGACUACAUCCGCGCGCAGCUGCUGUCCAUGAUCCUCGCAGGGCGGGAUACCACGGCGUCGACGCUGUCCGCGCUGUUUUGGAUCUUGGCCAGGAGGGGAGACGUGGUGAGGAGGUUGAGGGACGAGGUGGAGGCGUUGGAGGGGCGGAAGCCUACGUGGGAGGAGAUGAAGGACAUGAAGUACUUGAACAAUGUGCUCAAGGAAAUCUUAAGAUUGUACCCGACUGUUGCGAGCAUGUCGCGCGGCACAGCACGGGAUACGACGCUACCUGUCGGCGGAGGGCCCGAUGGGAAGUCGCCCGUUUUCAUUCCGAAAGGCACGGCCGUGCGAUGGUCUUUGUUCUGUCUUCAUCGGAGGAAGGAUCUGUAUGGCGAGGACGCUGAUGAAUUCCGCCCCGAGCGCUGGGAAGAGAUGCGGCCGUCAUGGGAUUAUCUCCCUUUCUCCGGCGGUCCGCGCAUUUGCAUUGGGCAGCAGUUUGCGCUGACACAGAUGAGUUACUUUGUGGUGAGGAUCUUGCAGACUUUCAAAGACAUUCAACCGAGGGAUGAGAGGCCCAUGUUGCAGACUGUGGGCAUCACGACGAAGCUGCCCAACGACGUCUUGUUGAGCUUUACGCCGGCUUAGAAUUCGCUAGGGUUAUAGUACGGAAGGCUGGUGUGGAUUGGUGGGUUGAACAUCAUUCUAGAGAAAAUUGCAGAGGGAGCUCUCCUUAAUGACAAUACUUGACGCGGCGGCGAUUUGAUUCCCUAAAGUAGUACAUGUGUAUGCCA